UGAGGCAUUUGUCUCCUACAUUUGCUAAAGAUUCCACAAAACGUGCAGUUGUCUUUUUGUUGAGAAUAUUUACGAUUUCAAAGAGAAAAUGAAAGUCAGAUUACAGCGUUUAUUUCACGGAAAUCUUUCGUGGGGAAAAAACCGAAAGUAGAAACAAAAGUGUUAGUAUGCCAUCGCCAUGGAUGCUGACACUCAGCACUGAGGUACACUUUUGCUCAGUGUGAAUUGUAACUACCGACAGUGAUGGCAAAAUAUGCUGAGAAAAGAACGACAUAGGCUAUAACAUCUGAUUUUAAUACAGCUUUUACAGCAUCGUACACCAAAAAAUUAAGGUACUUUAAAGAUGAGUGGAAGGGCCCGAGGAAGAGCGCGUGGCCGCGCUAGGGGCGCCGGAGAACCGGACGUAGUACGUAGGCCAGGGGAGCAGAACGAACCGCAGCAACAACCCCCACCUGUACAGUUACCCAUGCCUCAAGGUGUAGUUACACCAGAGCAGAUAUCAGCACAGACAGGUGGUACUGGUCGUGCUGCAUACCGAGGGGGACAGAUAGUGGCCCGACCUGGAACUGGCAAUGGUGGGGCAAUACCAAAAGUGCCAGCGGAGAAACUUGUAAAGCUCGAGAUGGGAGCUGCUGGAGAGGCUGAAGAUGAAACUGUUCGUGCUAAGACGAGAUAUUACAGAGCUGAUCAUGUGAGACAAAAUAAGAGAGGCACACAGGGCAACAAAGUACAGGUGCUAUCAAACAGCUUCAGGCUGACAACAGCUCCAGAUUGGACCCUGUAUCAGUAUCAUGUGGACUUCUCCCCACCAAUAGAAAGCAGGAAACUGAAACAAGCACUUCUGGCUCCUCACAAGGAGUUCUUAGGAGUUGUACAGGCAUUUGAUGGGCAUGUGCUGUAUCUGCCUAAGCGGCUACCGAAUGAUGUUAAUGAAAUGCAUUCACUACGAAACUGGGACGGUGCUCAAAUUAAGAUCACCGUAAAACUAACAAAUGAGGUGCCCCCUAUGAGCGUGCAGUUUAUUCACGUGGCUAAUAUUAUUUUAAGAAGAGUGCUUGCACAGAUGGGAUUGAAGCAGAUUACAAGGCAUUACUUCAACCCAGACAAUCCAGUGAUCAUAAAGCAACAUCAUCUGCAGGUCAUGUCCGGUUAUGCCACAUCUGUCCUGCAGUAUGAGAAUGAUGUUCUUUUGUCGUGUGACCUGGCCCACAAAAUUCUUCGUGAUGAUAAUGUUAUGGACCAGAUAUAUGAACUGUUUGUCCAGAAGUUGCCAAAUGCACAAAAGAUGGUUGAGAGAAAGUUGAUUGGAGCCAUCGUCAUGACAAGGUACAACAAUAAAACCUAUCGUGUUGAUGACAUCAGCUGGGAUCUCAAUCCUACCUGCACGUUCGAGAAGUCAAAUGGCACAUCAAUUUCUUAUGAGGACUACUACCAAAAUCACUAUGGAAUUAAGAUUACCGACCGUAAUCAGCCACUUCUUUUGAGCAAGCCAAAAAAGAAGGACAUCAGAAGGGGUCAAAAAGGAAACAUCUACUUGCUUCCAGAAUUGUGCCUUUUGACAGGUUUGACGGAUGAGCAGAGGAUGAACUUCACUGUCAUGAAAGAUCUGGCAGUUCACACAAGAAUUGGCCCAGACGGCAGAGCUCGGAAGCUUUUAGAAUUUUCUGACAAAAUCCACAAGACUCCAGAUGUGGUGGAUACGUUAAAGAAAUGGAAUAUAUCUUUCGAAAACCAGCUUGCCAGAAUUGAUGCUCGCAUUUUGCCACAGGAAGUGAUCAAACUAGGAACUGUGCCAGUGAACUACAGGCAAGAAGAAGCUGACUGGAGCAGAGACAUGAGAGGAAAAAGAUUAACAGCGCCGAUAGACUUGAGGGACUGGAUUGUCAUAGCCUUUAAGAAGGAUAUUGAUUUAGCAAAGGAUCUUUGCAAGGUUCUUAUGACAGUUGGACCACCAAUGGGCAUGAAAAUUUCGCCACCACAGCUAGUGGAGACGCCCAAUGAUAGGAAUGAAACCUUUGUGGUGUGCGUGAGAGAGAACCUAAGGCCCACUACCCAGAUGGUCUUGGUUGUUCUGCCGAACAACAAAAAGGAUCGCUAUGAUGCUAUUAAAAAGACAACAUGCAUAGACAGAGCUGUACCAUCCCAAAUGGUGGUUGCCCGUACAUUGACAAAGAAGCAAGGUUUGAUGUCUGUGGCCACCAAAAUUGCUCUUCAGCUGAAUUGUAAAAUGGGUGGCGAGUUGUGGAGUGUGGAUAUUCCUCUGAGUGGCGUCAUGAUUGUUGGCAUUGAUACUUACCAUGACUCAUCAGCCAAGGGCCGUUCGUGUGGUGGUGUGGUGGCAUCACUGAAUAGGGAGUGUACUCGCUACCACAGCAGUGUCACAUAUCAGACCAGCCACCAAGAGCUGCAGGAUGGACUGUACUGCUCAUUUACUGCUGCUAUUAAAAAAUGGCUAGAUGUGAAUCGAACGGCACCAGAAAAGUUUAUCAUCUACAGAGAUGGAGUUGGCGAUGGGCAGCUUGAAGCAGUCUAUGAGCUGGAAAUGCCUCAGAUAGAGAAUGCUAUAAGGAAUGCUGUUGGAGACACAUUUAUUCCAAAAAUCACUUUUGUUGUGGUCAAGAAGAGGAUUUCAGCAAGGUUCUUCAGCCCGAGCCAUAACCAAAUGCAUAAUCCUUCUCCAGGGACAGUUGUUGACGAUGUUUGCACAAAGAAAGAAUGGUAUGAUUUCUUCCUGGUUUCUCAAUCAGUUCGUCAGGGUACAGUGAGUCCAACUCACUACAAUGUAAUUAAAGACACCAUUCAGCUUAGGCCUGACUAUGUUCAGCGACUGACCUACAAGCUUACUCACUUGUACUACAAUUGGCAGGGUACAAUUCGUGUGCCUGCUCCAUGCCAGUAUGCCCACAAACUUGCUUUCUUGUGUGGACAGUCACUCCAUCGUAACUUUGAUUCUGACAAACUUUCUGACAAACUGUGGUUCUUGUAAUUCAGAAUUAUGAACAUCAGAUCUUCAUCCAUGCACAAAUAAACAUGUAACAUUUCAUCCUAUCAGGGUAGAUAGAGACAUCUUUAGGGGUAAAUGAAAAAAUCACCCAGGGUAGAUGUCUUCAUUGUGGUCUCAUUAUUGCAAUAAGGAAAACAAAAACUGCAGUGAAUAUUGCCUUGAGAGACAGGUGUGCAUGAGGCUGUUAUGGAAAAUGUGAAGAUGUGCUAUAAAGGUGUUCAAUUUUGCUGAAAUAUGGGUUGUCUUUGUACUUGACAUUUAAUUCUCAUGUUAACUUCAAGAAAUAUUUGAUCUUCAAGUUUCGUGUUUAAAGUUAAUAACUUUUUCUACUGUUUAGUCAUUUUACUUUGAAUUUUUUUAUAAUAUCCCAGCCUGCAAGUGGUGCAGCAUUCAAAGAAUUUUUUUUUAAGUCUUUUGAACAAAAAUAUUUUUUUUUUGGCUGUAUUUUGUAUCACUGCUGAUGUAGGACAGGCCAGUAUGAGAAAAGCAUUGCAGUAUCAAGGAGCACUUUUGCUGCAGUUUUUCUUUCUUGCACUUUACAGCAGCAUUCUGAUUUAUACAGUCUUUUUAAAACCUUUCAUGUAGGCAGUGUCAUCUUCUAGUCAUUACUGUCAUCAUGUUACAUUUGUAUGGUUCCCCCUUCAAAUACAGGUCCCACCGAUUUUAAAGCACACUUUUUUCAUUUUCAUAGUUUCAAAUCUGGUUAUUUGUUUCAUCCUUUUCAUACUUCAUUUUAAAAAGCGGUGUUUUUUUUUUCAACAUAACUGAACUUGAAAGUAAUCAGUAAUAAUUUUAUACUUUGACUAUUAUGUCCUUCUUCGCUCAACAAACAUGGUCAAACAUUUAACAGAGUGUGGCAAGUGGCUUAUAUAUAAAAAAAUUUGGUUGAACAUUUAUCCAUGUUUGUUUUGUUAAGAAUGGUUUUUAGUCCUUAGUGAGUACUUCUCACUUGUGAAUAUGUUAAGGAAAUAAUCCUUCCUACAUUUCCACAAUUUUUGUUACCUUGAAUUUUAGUUUUAAAGUUGUUUACAUGGAGAGCAAAUUGAUGAAGGAUGAGAAAAUAAGCAUCAUAGAUUGACUGUAGCUCUUGACUUAAAAGUGGUGACAAAGGUUCUGCACAUUAUGAAUGUUAAGUAUUAGCAAUACAUACAAGAACAAUCCUGAUGUCAAUGAUUUUGACCUCCUUAUAUGAAUGUUUGUAGACAAAUGAAAAGAGGGGUGUUCACCUGUAUUUGGAGAAAUGUCUUACACUGAGAAGUGUCCAGUCAUCAAAGAAAGUGUUGGACUGUACUAGGUGAACAUCAUACCCGUUCAUUUUUGCCUUCGUGAAUUUUUUGUUUUAGAUUAAAGUUCCCAUUUUGUUUGAUUUGAUCUGUAUCUUUUGUCUUUUUAAUUUUUAAGAUCUGGAUGCUGUCGACAAUAGCAGUUUUAUUACAAUUUGAGUUUAACAGUGUGCUAGUUGUUUUUGCUUUGUUUUGUUUUUUUAAUUAGACUCUGAUGAUUGCCAGCUCCACAUACUCUGUUCAAUUGAUAAGGAUUUUAAGGAAAAAUCCCACAUGAUUUUAAAAUAAAAAAUUCUACUUUUA